UUUCGAAAUCCACAUCUACGAAUAAUGUAGUUGUUAAUGGAUAUUAAUGCAUUUUUGUCUAGUUUAAAACGUUGAUACUAACUGUAAGUUGUGGAACGCUCUCGUUGCGGUGCAAAGUAAGCUUGCCUUUGCAAAUGGCAAACCCUUGUUGUACAUGUCUGUCUUAGGAAAAGCUUUUGUCAUUUAUUAUCUUGACUGCCAUUCUAACCAUCAGGUCGUUGAGCGUUGUCUGCUUUCCAGUCUCUCAGAGUAAACGUUGCCUUUGGCUUCCGUUAGCGCUAUCAGAGUCAGAUAGGAGUUCAAUCAAAUUGAAGUACUUUAGAUCUUCUCACCGGGGAAUCUGGCCUGUGCCUGAUGAAAACAUGAUUGCAGUUGAAACUGGGCUCUACAUAGGAGGUGUCUGCGAUCUGAAGGACCCGAAAACCUUGGUCAACACGGGUAUAACUCACAUCCUUACUGUUGACUCCGAAGAACCAGUAUUACAGGGAUUUCAGACUAAAUUUGUGCGUGCCCUGGACGAGUCGUCUACGGAUCUUCUCAGUCAUUUUGACGGAUGUGUUCGCUUUAUCUAUGACGCUGUCAGAACACCUCAGUCCUCUGUCCUCGUUCAUUGUCACGUAGGUCAAAGUCGGAGUGCAGCCGUGGUGACUGCAUACCUAAUGAAAACACAGAAAAUGAGCCUGCAAGAUGCGUACAAGAAACUUCAGCAAAUUAAGCCUGACGUGAAAAUGAAUGAGGAGUUUCUGGACCAGUUGUCAUUAUAUGAAUCAAUGAACUGUGAGUUGGAUACCUCAAGUCCACUUUACAAGCAGUUUAGGCUCAAAAAAAUAACCGAAAAAUACCCAGAGCUUCAAAAUAUGCCAAAAGAAGUAUUUGCUGCUGAUCCUGCACAAACCCAGAAUUCUGAAGCAGUUUACCGAUGCCGAAAGUGCCGACGCACUCUCUUCCGGCAUUCCAGCAUUCUCAGUCACAGCGUUGGUAGCGGGCCAACUGCCUUCGCUCAUAAAAAAACCAGUGGUGUAGUACCCCAUGCCUCUGAUAAGGAUGGUCAGACACAAUGCACAUCCUACUUCAUAGAACCGGUGCAGUGGAUGGAAGAGGCGCUGCUUGGUGUAAUGGAUGGACAGCUCCUGUGUCCAAAGUGCAGUUCCAAGCUGGGCUCGUUUAACUGGUAUGGUGAACAGUGCUCUUGUGGACGAUGGGUGACGCCAGCGUUCCAGAUGCACAAGAACAGAGUGGAUGAGAUCAAACACAUCAGUAUAUCUGCACUGAAAUCAACAGACUGACAAUAGGGUUCAGGAUUUCUAUGAAAAUUUGACUUACAAAGUUAUAUCACAAAUGCUGAGACACAAAGUUGCCUUAAAUCAAGGUAUCUCUAUCCAAGCAGUUUUCAAAGAGGUAGUUGUUUCUUUUUGUGUUGAUAAAUUACGUGUUCUCAGAGAGAGCUUUGUGGAAGAGAAAUUUGUUUAUAAUGGUCUGCCUUCGUGGAAAUAUGAGGUAGAUAUGCAAUUUUUCCGUGCUGUCACAGUGUA